UCUCCACUCAUCCUCCAGCUCUCAGACAUGGAGAGUCCCGGACAGAAAGUGAUGCUGAUCACCAGCUGCUCCUCCGGUAUCGGCCUGAAGAUGGCUGUGAUGCUGGCCAAGGAUGAACAGAAGCGCUACCACGUAAUCGUCACGAUGCGCGAUCUGAAACGCAGAGAUAAGCUGGUGGAAGCUGCUGGGGAUGCAUAUGGAAAAACUCUGUCUCUGGCCGUACUGGACGUCUGCAGCGAUGAGUCGGUCAAACAGUGUAUUAACGGCAUUAUAGACAGACGUGUGGAUGUCAUAAUCAAUAACGCAGGUAUCGGCCUGGUGGGUCCAGUGGAGAGCAUCCCCAUUGAGCAGAUAAAGAAAGUUUUUGUCUUUGGGGGGAUCCGCAUGAUCAAGGAGGUGAUGCCUGAUAUGAAGAAAAGAAAAGCAGGACACAUCGUGGUCAGCAGUGUGAUGGGACUGCAAAGGGUGGUGUUCAAUGAUGUGUACGCAGCUUCCAAGUUUGCCAUGGAGGGCUUUUGUGAGAGUCUGGCUGUGCAACUCUUGAAGUUUAAUGUCAGAUUGUCACUGAUUGAGCCAGGCCCAGUGCACACAGAGUUCAAAGCGGAUGUGAAACAGAAGGAGUAUCCUGGAGCUGAUGCUGACACAGUGCAUUACUUCAAAAAUGUUUAUCUUCCUUCCUCUCUGGACAUCUUUGAGACACUGGGACAAACGCCUGAUGACAUUGCCAAGUGCACCAAGAAAGUGAUUGAAGCAAGCAGCCCACGUUUCCGUAACCUGACCAACCCGUUGCACAUGCCCAUCGUAGCCCUGAAAUACGCUAAUGAAACUGGAGGCUUGUCUGUCCAUGCCUUCUAUCACAUGCUCUUUAACCUGGGUACUCCGAUGCACGUCAGCAUGACGGCCAUGAAAUACCUCACCUGUGAAUGUCUGAGUCUGCUCUCUGAGACCGAUCGGCUUCUGGACCACACUCAGAUCAAGCACGAGAAUGUCAGUGAGCGGGUGUGGAUGGGUCUGCGUUUCCUGGGUGACCGCUGGAUGUGGUUGAACGGUGACCCUCUGGAAUAUGACGCCUGGUCCCAAGGAGCUCAGGACCAGCAGUGUCCAGUCAGGAAACGCUGUGGAGCUUUAACCAAAGAGGGACUGUGGGAGAACUGGGACUGUCAAGACAAACUCAACUUCAUCUGUGUCUGA